AUUUAUUAAGCUCAAAACACCAUGCGUAAGCUUGGCAACGCCGCUAAGCUGUCGGUUCGCGGCGCGCUUUUCACGAACGUUGGGAGGUAAAUAUUUAGUUUGAAAUUGACUGAUCGCCGGAGUGGUUCCAGUAACAGAAUACAAUCUUACUAGCUUUUUGCAAUAACCAACAAUCAAAUAUAAUUGUAUAUUGGUGGUGUUCGAUUAGCUAAUCGGUGUUUAUAGUAUAAUUAGACCGUGAAAGUUACUUAAGACUUAGCAUAAAAUUGAAUUCUAAUCCGCGGCCCGUCCACCUGUCCUAGGACAACAGUAAAUGCUUUAAUACAUCACGUGGGAGAUAACCUCGUCACCGACCUCCUCAUCUACCACGAUGGUGGGGUUCUACAGCGAGGCAUCCCUGCAGACUUUGCAGGCUCGUUCACCCGAACAGCACGCCGCUUCGUCAGUGAAGAAACUGGUGUGCAGUCCCGAUUUUCCUUUGGACGAAACCGCCAGAGAAGGUGUGCAACAUCCUGCAGAGCAAGCCGAAGCUAUACAAUGCCAGAUAUGUGCUAAGGUUUAUACAUCGAAAGCGGCCUUUACUAUUCAUGCCAAAACACACGCUAAGGACGCCGAUGAUCCUUACAAGUGCGACAUUUGCUCGAAGACUUUUGCAGUUCCUGCUAGACUGACCAGACAUUAUAGGACGCAUACCGGAGAGAAACCCUUCAGGACCAUACUACGCAUCAUUACUAGACAAGCUGAGGACAGAGCUUUCGGAAAAUCCACGAAUCACGGUUUCAACUGCUUGACCAUCCGCCUCACUCACCAGAUUUAGCCCCAAGCGACUUUUUUUAUUCCCGCAUCUAAAAAUUGCGCUCGGAGGAUAGAGAUUUUCGUCAAAUCACCUUCGUGAACACCUAUUUUGCAGAGAAAAACGCCUACUACUGUUUGGACGGGUUACGGAGAUGGGGGCAUCGAUGGGAGAAGUGUGAAGACUUUCAAGGAGGCUAUGUUCAAAAAUAAAACAAAUCUGGAAAAAUGUCGUGUAUCUUUGUUAGGUCGGAAACUCUCCUCGUAUAAGGAGUUUUCAAGAAAAAAAAUAUUAGGAGCGCUACAGAGAGCACACGCAUAUAACCCUACAGCAUCAAAAUUACGCAAGAUGCGAAUUCUGCAACAAAUCAUUCAGCGUGAAGGAGAACUUGAGCGUCCACAGACGUAUCCACACCAAAGAACGGCCGUACAAGUGCGAGGUGUGUUCCAGGGCAUUUGAACACAGCGGAAAGUUGCACAGGCACAUGAGGAUCCACACGGGAGAGCGGCCUCACAGGUGUGCCGUUUGCUCAAAGACGUUCAUACAGAGCGGACAGCUGGUCAUACAUAUGAGAACACAUACUGGAGAAAAACCGUACGUGUGCAACGUAUGUCACAAAGGAUUUACGUGCAGUAAGCAGCUCAAAGUCCAUUCAAGGACUCAUACAGGCGAAAAACCAUACUCUUGCGAGAUUUGUGGCAAGAGCUUUGGCUACAACCACGUACUGAAACUUCACCAGGUGGCUCAUUACGGCGAGAAAGUGUACAAAUGCACGAUCUGCAACGACACGUUCAACUCUAAGAAGAGCAUGGAGGCGCACAUAAAAAGCCACAGCGAGAACCCCGCUCCCUCCCCCGCCAUAACCGCACCGCCACCAUUGGUACCAACGCCUCCCGCCUCGACUGCUUCUUCGGAGUCGUCCUGCUCGAGCGCGAUAAGUGACAAGGAGAACUACAAGGACCAAUCGAAGGUGGCGCCUACGCAGGCGCUGUUGCCGAACGUCGCCCUCGCGCAGGUGCAGGACCAGCCGAGCAGUUACGAUUCAGACAUUAGAUACAUCCUGUACACUUCAACAUCAUCGCGAACAGGCGUGACAGUGGACCGCCUUUCACCGCUGUCAGCUCCGCCCGCCCACCAUAUACACCACGCCCAUCUCGCUAGCCCCACCCACUCGUCAGUCUACACUACGGCCACGCCCACGACGGGCGUCGAUCUACUGGCCGCCGCUGCCUCGGCAACGGAAAGGGACGACGACCUGUACCGACGCUCGAUGGCGCAGGACGUAGUGUUCAACCUGAUGAAGGGCGCAGGUGGACCGCAGGAGGUGGUUGCCGCGCUUCAUCGACACCCAGGGUACUUCACCGUGUCACCGCCUUCGCCGCAGAUGCACUACACGCCGUUGACUGCCGGUGACGGGUUGAGGAAGAGAGUCGAGGCUGUGCUCAAGGUGGAAAGUGGGCAUUCAGAGGAGGAGCCGAUGAUAACUCCGCCUAGUUCGAAUCCCGUCUCGCCCGCACCGUCAGCGUCGCCGCCCGUUUCCCCCGUGCCCGACCCAGAACUGAGCCUACCUCCCCGCAAGAGGUCGCGCAUGAUCCUCAAGUCCAUGGAAGCCACCAUCGACCUAUCGCCGGUGCGCUAUAGCUCCGUCAUACAAUACGCCAAAGCAUCCUAACUCACAACUAAAUCACAAUAUUUAUCGGCAUCCUAGCUCAAAGUACACUAAGAGGGACAUUUUAGUAUACAUUUACAUCACUUGUUUCAAUUUUUUACUUAAGGGUAAAUAGACAUCUUGCCUAGACGAUCCAAUAAUAAGGUUGUCAAGAAUAGUUUUCAGUAAGAGUAAACUUAGUGCUACAAUUUUCUCAUUUUCUUGAUAAUGGCGGACAAUAAUACCACUGAUUGAAAAAAUCCCUGAGAAGUGUUCUUUUAGCUACAAUACAAGGGCUGUUUGAUAAGUCAUUGACAAUAAAAAAAAUGUUUUUCGGCAAAUAAGCAUUUUAUUUCUCAACAUAAUCUCCUUGUAACUCGAUACAUUUGGUCCAGCGUUUUUCCAAUUUCUUAAUUCCUCCGGAAUAGUUUUUAUCAAGGCUCCCAAAAUAUGCUUUUGUUUCAAUGAUGACCUGUUCAUUAGACCCAAAUUUCUUACCACCCAGCCAUUUAUUCAGGUUUGGAAAUAGGAAGUAGUCGCUGGGGGCUAAAUCUGGAGAAUUAGCUGGAUGGGGCAGCAGUUCGUAGCCCAGUUCAUGAAUUUUUGCCGUCGAGACUACACACGUGUGUACCCGUGCGUUAUCUUGACGGGGCAGCAUUUUUUUUUCGCCAAAUGCGGUCGUUUUUGCUUCAAAGCAACGUUGAAUCUGUGAAUAGUACUCUCCCGUGAUCGUUCUGCCCUUCUCAAGGCAAUCGAUGUAAAUGAUACCGGAUGCGUCCCAGAAAACUGUGGCCAUAACGUUGCUGGCUGACAGACCCAUCUUGGCCUUCUUUGGAGCACGCUCACCAUGUGAAACCCACUGUCUUGAUCGUUCUUUGGUUUCUGGUGUAAUGUGAUGAAUCCGUGUUUCGUCUACAGUUACAAAACGGCGCAAAAAUUCGUUCGGGUUGCGGCUGAACAUCGCCGAACAUUCCCUUGAAAUGGUCACACGGUUGCGCUUAUGAUCGACUGUGAGCAAACGCGGUUCAAUUUUUAACAGUUGUCAUAUAAAAGAUGGCAGUUGACGGCAGCAGCGUUGCAUUCAAAGUUACUGCGCGGGAAAUUCAAAAAGUCACUUAUCAAACAUGCCCUCGUAGCACUUAAUCGUCGUACUAUUUUUUAAGCUUUAUAUAUUUUGCGUUUAAUAUUAUUUUUUUAUAAAUAUCGAGUGUCGUAUAAAGGUUUAAUUUCUUUGUUCUGUGAUAAGACUGUUAGAAACCAACGUUUUACCUCAUGGCAGUGCCUAAAGGAUUUUGCAAUAUGUUGUCGUUCGUAUGUGAUGCGUGAAAAAUGAUGUGUUGUGGACUUUUGGUCGUCACUGGUAAUUUUUUGUUGUUCACGUGGAUGUGUGUUAGAAGGCUAGGUUACGCGCAAUAUUUAUAUAUUUGGAUAUAUCUAUACAUAUAAUCAUUGGGAUUCUACAAAGAACGUUUUCGUGGCUUCAUCGAUUGGCUAUUGGUAAUUAAGAAACGCGAAUGAAGCUAUUAUAGGUUUAUGUUUAUAAGUUUUUGUGGACUAUAUGAAUUUAAUUCAUUUGCUCAUUAUUUUUUUAAUAUACCCUCAAAAAUGGGCGUUAUUUUGCAAUAUGCACAAAUUGAAAUUUUUUAUUGGCUAAUUAAUAUUUUCUAGUCAGUUAUGGUCGAUUUUAAAAUUCAAGUUUUCAGUGUCACGAUUAUAUUUAAUUGCACGGGCACUCAAAAAAAAUUAUUUAUCAUGUAUAGACAUUUCGUUGUAACCUGGAAAGAUGAGCCUUUAUUUAUUUUAUUUUCGAAAAAAUAGCAUUAAAAAUGUAUUGAUGUUUUUUUCAUUGUUUUUAUGUUUUAUGAUAGUUAUGUAAAGUGUACUGUACUUUUAAGUCUGAAUAGCCCUAUGCGCUCAUGGAGUGGGGCUUAAAUUAUUAUGUAUAUUAUUCCUUAUCAUCAGUGUAGUCAUAAAUUCACGAAAAUAAAAUUCGUACAUAUGACA